GCUGUCAGACACUAAUAAUCAUAUUCUGCUCUGGAGGCUUUCAUUCACUUCAUGUGGUUUAAAACAUUAUGCAGGCUUAUCAGCCUCCUGACUGCUGUGUUCAUGUAGCUCCAGGGCAACAUGUGUGCAGGCCAUGUAUGUUCCAGUGUGUCUCUGUUUUACUUCAUGCACUUCACCCCCUCCUCACUCUCCUCUUCCCCAAAUCCCCCCCUUCUUGUUGUCUAGUGCACCGUUGCCCCACACCUUCAAGCGGAAUGGAGAAAGAGAGAGGAAAGACUGAGACAGAGAGAGAGAGAGAGAGAGAGAGAGAGAGAGAGAGAGAGAGAAGGGAGGGUAAACCGGUUCAGCAGGUAUACUGAGGCCUAACCCAGACUCUCCCCGGCUUGUCACCGUUAUUUCUGACGCGCAUGCGCGCUGGCGCCUGUUUCCUGCUUUUCAAAUGAGUACCUGUGCUGCUUCUUGACCCACCUCUGUCGACUGUGUGUGUGUGAUCAGGAUACAAUACACCGUUUUUUUCCCUCUACCUCACCCACGCACACACACUCCCGUUAUUUCAGGGCGCUGGAGGUGAUAUUCGUCUUUACCUGUCCGGCUCGCACACCUGAGCGGACUCACCUGUCCGCCCGAAAACACUUCUCGUUGUUUUUUGUUUGAGUGCGGCAAAGAAAGCAAAGGUGUGCGCGGAAAAAGAGGGACUUUAAAGCGGCACGCAGUUUACGAAACGAGAAGAAAGGUGCAAGAAGGAAGGAGGAGAAGAGGGGACCGACACCUUCCAUUUUUUUUUCUCCCAACUUUGGAGUUUCCUGCUUUUGUAACUUGUUGUUACGUCGCCAGCUUCUCCUCUAACCUCCAAACAAGGACUGGGUGUUAAUUAAGCAUGCCGAGGGCCUUUCUGGUGAAGAAGGCGAAUGUUUCGCCGGGAAAGCGGAACUGGAGCGAGCUGCCUGAUAAUGAGCGAGGGGACGUCUACAUCCCAGUCUCCAUCUUUCCCCCGUCCGUCCUGACGAUGGAAGCCGAAGCCAGCCCCGCAGAGACGACGCCGCUCUGCCUCACCAAACACUCUCUCUCCGACACGCAAACGUACGCCGAGCUGCCCUCCAGCACAAUGCUGGGCCGACCGCAGAGCCCGGCGCCUUCACCGGGGGAGAGGUCAGAGAUCAGACGGAGGUCACAGGGUGCCUCCACAUAUAUCCGGUCCAAAAUCAAGGUAACUACAGGCGAGCUGCCGCCCGAUCCGUCUCAUCUUCCUCUCUCCCUCCCGCCCAUUCCCGCUCCGCCAACCCUGACUCCGGAUGCCACCAUGAUGCCAGUUGCCCAGACGAAAACCCCUGAUCCCAUGGAAGAGGUUUCCAUGGUAACCAGAUCAACAGGUCAAAGUUUGAGUUUGUCAGCGGGGUCGACGGGGAACUAUGCGUGCCAGGUUUGCCAGAAGACCUUCCAGUACCAGCGAAUGUUAAACAGACAUGUCAAGUGUCACAACGAGACCAAGAGGCACCUGUGCAGCUUCUGCGGCAAAGGCUUCAACGACACCUUUGACCUCAAGAGACACGUGCGCACGCAUACAGGAGUCCGUCCCUACAAGUGCACCCUGUGUGACAAGGCCUUCACCCAGCGCUGCUCCCUGGAGUCCCACAUGAAGAAGAUCCACAGCGUCACCCAGAAGUACGCCUACAAGGAGCGGCGCAACAAGCUGUACGUCUGCGAGGAGUGCGGCCUGACGUCGGGAUCUCAGGACGAGCUGCUGAUCCACCUGCACUCGGUCCACCCCGAAAGCGCCCUGCUGAAGGGGAAGGCUGCGAGGAGAGCCGGAGCUGGAGGAGGAGGAGGAGGAGGAAGAGCAGGAUCGCUACCAAGCUCUCCUCAAGGUGCUGAAAGUGAUGACACGACGGGAUCGGGAGGGCAGUAGAGGAGAGGAUUAACAGCAAACUCAGGACAUAUGGACAAACACUGUAGCUGAAGUGAGACAUGUCGGGUGGAUGACGAGACAGAUUACAUAGCAGUAAACGGGGAAAGAAACGUGUGUAUAUGUAUGAAUGUAUGUGUGUGUGGAUUUGGGUAUCUGUAUAUAUCGCAGACUGCAAUGUUAAAUGAAAUCACGCACCAAACAAUGCCAAGUUUGACUCUGAGUAAUAUAUAUUUUUACAUUGGGACUGUGAUGUGGAAGAGUUUAUUAACAUGUCUGACAAUGCCAACGUAUUUUUCUUCAAUUGUAUUGUAUUGCAUGUGAAUGCUACCUGUGGGCUUCUUCGUACAGAGUUUUUCUAUGAAAAAAGUACUUUGUUCAUUAAAGGGAGUAAUAUAUUACACGAGGAUGAA